AUAUCCAAUGACUGGCAUCUCAUAACCGGAGUGCAACUUAUAUUUCGAAUUCACAUUCAACUGGGAUUUCAUGGUGACUGUUAUGCCUGGGAAUGAGAGGAAGAACCGUUUGGAGCAGGCAAAUUCCUAAGAGGAUGCUGGAAGUGACCGAGAUAUCAACCCGGCGGCUUUCACUUCCGAGAGGGCAAAUCGGCCCAGACUUAUGGGAAGAGGAAACAGCAAACUAUCUGGAAACCCAGAAUAUAUUGAUAUAUGUUCUCGUCACUGGAUAGCAAAGGCUGUUGGUUGAUUUUAACUCGAAUACAAGUUCUGGAGAGGGCAUCGAAGUUUGAUUCUCUUGUUUAAAAUUACAGAUCAAAGUUCUUCUUGGGACUUCCACGUCUCCAAGAGGCCAAAAACAGACAAUAUGGAAGCUUGUAAUAUCUUACUUUACCAUGGUAGCUGCAGCGGAGUGGGAAGGUUCUUCCCUAACACGUCCUCUGCAGUGCCAAUAUCUC